AUGUCGCCAUACGCUUCAGAGGGGUUUAACAAUCCCACGAAGGAGACCUCAACAAUUGACAUCGCGGAGAACUCAGCAAACGACCAUGAGUCCCAAAGGACGUCAACAUCCGAGGAGCAGCAAGGACCCUCGGUACGCGUCUUGGGCGCUGUUGAGAAAUUCUGGAUCUUCGAAUUUUUUGGUUUCAUCCUCGCCCUGGGCUCCUUGCUAGCUGUGAUUGCCUUCCUCCGUGUAUACGAUGGUCGAGAGUCGCCGGAGUGGAAACUCCCGGUUGGGGCAGGAACAUACCGAAAGACUUUCGUCCUGAACAUCAAUGCCAUCAUCUCCAUCUUCACCACGACCUUUACUUCCGGCCUUCUUAUUCCGGUCGCGGCAAGUAUGAGUCAAUUGAAAUGGGUUUGGUUUCAACAAGGACGUCCUUUGUCACAUUACCAGGCUUUCGAAUCAGCUGCAAGAGGACCAUUGGGCUCCGUCUUUCUGUUGUGGACUCUCAGGGGGCGACGGCUCGCAUGCGUAGGAGCAAUCAUCGUAGUUGCCGCCCUAGGGGUUGGAUUUUCUAUCCAAUCCCUUGUCAUCUACCCUCUGAGGCCGGUGGCAACGGACCAUUCUAGCAUCGGCAGGACGAACGUAUAUUAUGGGACUGAUGACGGGCUUCCAUAUCAGAUGUCAGCGGAUAUGCUCGGUGCAACAUUGAGAGGCAUCUUUCAGUCCAGCGACCCUUCAGAGAUGAAGUAUAACUGUCCUUCUGGCAACUGUACAUGGCCGGAGGGUUUUACGACCCUCGGUAUUUGUAACCAGUGCUUCAACGUCACGGAUUCUUUGCAAAAAUCAUGCAGCACCGCGGACAUUGAGUAUGUCUCCCCAACUGGUGAUGGAUCCACCAACAGCACGGCCUCAGUACCUUAUUGCAACUACACAUUACCUAAUGGUCUUCGACUCGACGGGAUUGACAGUGGCAUGAGCACGGGGAUUUUGAAUUCUGGAAACUGGAACAACUCGGUCCAUUUCUCCGACAACAACAAUACCAUCGGAGUCCUUUCCUCCAUUCAAUCAAAGUGGACGUCAAGCCCUUCAGAAUGGCAGGAUCUCGACAGUGGUAUGAUCUAUGCGACAGCGCCAUAUGAAGUCAAGGCAACUGAGUGCGGCUUGUCAUAUUGCGUCCAGAAAUUCAACACGUCGGUCUUACGAGGUGCUCUAACGGAGCAACUAAUCGAUACCUACGUUGACAGUUUCAUCGAUGCGGAAAGGGUGGCAGCAAUUGUCUUUCAUCCUCCGCCAUCAUGGACCAACGCUAGUGAGAACGACAGUGCGAACAUAUACGUGGCUGGAGCUGUCCAAGGAUUCAGACAAUUUUUUAGCAAAGAGUUCAGCGGUCAGAAGAAUAGCACUGUAUACUCUGUCACUUCUAGCGAUUCCGACUUUGCGGUCAUUUCGGCUGAUUGGGAGUUCAGCAACUUUACGGACCUGUUUACCUCAAUCGCAAAGUCAAUGACAAAUAGCAUGCGAAGUAGCCCCUAUGCAGAGCUCUACGCUGAGCCGGGGAUGAUCUGGAGUGCGAUUGGUGUUUCCAAUCAGGAACGGCCACAUGUGCAAGUCCGGUGGGCGUGGAUAGCCUUGCCCAGCACACUGCUCGGCCUCUCCAUCAUCCUCCUUCUCGGGACCAUCUGGACAACUAGCAAAGAAAAAACAAUUCUCUGGAAGGGGAACAGUUUGGCUGCCUUUGCACAUCCCUUGGCUGGAGACAUGCGAGACAAGAUCAGUACCAUUACCGGUCCACGGGAAAUGCAACAAGAGGCAGAAAGGCUACAGGUACAAUGGCUGAAGACUGACCGAGGCUACAGACUGGUACCUCCGAAGCAGGACUGA